AUGUCGUACCGGUGGGCUGAGAAUGACUUUAGCCUGCCUCCUGGAGUGGUGCGACUGGGGGCCGAUGCUCCUGUCUCUGGUAAUGAGUAUAUCAUGUACCACGGCACCGACAGCAAUAGUUCCAUGCUCAUCCAGAGGUCCGGGUUUAAGCGGUCCAAAGACGGGAUGCUGGGUCCUGGAGUCUACCUCAGCCGCGACCUACAGAAGGCCAGCCGCUAUCCCAUUGGCCUCCCUGACAAAGACAAGGUGGUGAUCCGGGUGCGAGUGAAUGUGGGCAAAGUUAUUGCUAUAAACUACCAGCAGCACCCUCAGCGCCUGACGUGGCACGCUGAUGGUUACGACACAGCCUGGGUGCCCCCCAACUGUGGGAUGGUCCCGAGUGGACUGGAGGAGGACUGUGUGUGGGACCCGGCCAGGAUCAAGGUGCUGAACAUCUUCAGCCCACAACUCAUCUCUGGCUAUGCUGGAGCCCAUUACUGA